AUGGUGUUCAAUAUGGCCGCAAGGCAAGCGCUUCGUGCAGUAGCGCGCACAUCCGUCGCUCCUCGGGCUUCUACUCUACCUGGAGCAAUCGCUGCGCCUUCAUCCAUUCGAUUCCUCGCCACGCCUCCAUCUUCAAGCAAGCCACCGUCAUCGGCGUCGCAACCAUCAUCCAAACCAGCCGACGCCUCCACAUCCGAGACCUCCAACGAUGCUGCAUCCCAACCUCAUCCUGAAUCCGAGCCCGAGCUGCCACCCAGAGGCUCCUCCCUCUUCGACAUUGAUACCUCCGCCACACCGCGCGCUUCCCAGCUCAUAGAAGCCCAAGAAUCCGCCUCGAGCUCCGGCAAGUCCGGCACCGGCGCUAAAGCCAAGACGGGUGCACGCAGCAUGUCGUCGAUCGAACGACGUCGUCAGAACACGGUUCGCAUCCUCACCGCCUUCGUCCUCCUCGGAUCCGGUCUAUCCGCCUACAACCUCGGUCGUCCGUGGGAUUCUGAUGCUGAAGCCGCACGAUUCGCCGACUCUCCCGACGCCGGUAACUUCCUCGGUCGAAUCAAGCUGCGACUCAAUGCUAUGUACGAGGACUACAACAAGCCCUUGUUCGAACAGCUCCUACCCGAUCCUCUCCCUUUCCCCUAUUCUCGACCUUUCACCAUGGUGAUCGAUAUCGACGACCUCUUGGUGCAUUCCGAAUGGUCCAGGGAGCACGGCUGGCGUACGGCAAAGAGACCCGGUCUCGACUAUUUCCUUGGCUACCUCUCCCAAUUCUACGAGAUCGUCCUGUUCACCACCCAACCCUUCUUCACCGCCGGGCCCAUCAUCGAAAAGCUGGAUCCGGAUCGUAGGUUCGUCGCCUACACUCUGUUCAAGGAAUCCUGCAGGACCGUCGAUGGCAAACUCGUCAAGGACCUCAACCACCUCAAUCGCGAUCUUUCCAAAGUCGUCGUCGUGGACACCAACCCGGAUUCGUUCCACCUGCAUCCCGAGAACGGAAUCCUCGUCAAGCCCUGGAAGGGCGAACGCGACGAUCGAGAACUCGUCGGCCUCAUCCCCUUCUUCGAAGCCAUCGGCAUCUACAACAUCGAAGAUGUGAGGAACACCAUCAAAGCCUACUCUGGAACCCACAUCCCUACCGAGCACGCACGUCGUACCGCUGCCAUCCGAGAACGCGAGCUGGCGGAGAACAAGGCGAGGGUCGAGAGGAUGGGCAAGUUCGGCAGCGUAUUCGGUGGGGUCAGCAGGAGUGCGAAUGCCGGGUUGCCCGCGGAUAAGACCAUGUACGAUCUGGAGAGGGAGAGGUAUGUCCAGGCGUUCCUGGAGGAUCAAAAGUACUGGAAGGAGAACGGAGAGGCGCUGAGGAGGCAGGCCAAGGAAGAGCAGGAUAGGCAGAUCAGGGAGAUGAAGAUGAACACCUGGGGCUUCUUCACCGGCGGCAUGAAGCCUGGUCAACAACCCGCUGAAGAAGCCAAACCUCAGUGA